UGAGGGCAGGAGAGACGGUGAAGUUUGCGUGGUCGUCACUCACUUGCUUACAUUUUCUUCAACAAGCUGAAGCCCACUCAGAAACAUCCCCUCUGCUGUUACCACGGUAACACCUCUGUUGUCAUCAUAGUAAUGACGACGCUUCUGCUGUUGCCAUAGUAACAUUCAUCCUGUCAUCGGCCUAGUCACGCCCCCUUGCUGAUGACUGUCAGGAUUUUGUGACUUUGCAUAGUUUCCCUUCACGCACUUUCCUGUGCUCAACAUCGCCCCUGCUGCUGCCAUGGACAACCUUCCCAGAAGGUGGGUGCUGAAGCCUCUGCUCCCCACGCUGCAUCUAUCUGACCUACGUCGCAUGACGGGUCCGAGCAGAGGUGAAGAUGACGUGUUGGCUCCUGAUGGCUUGGUGGUCCAGGCCCGCCAGGUCACCGUCUCACGGGAUGGGGGUGACAGCGGCGACGAGUGGUAUCCCGGCAGUCCCAGCAGCAGCUCAGGAUCUCACAGCGGGUUCUACUCGUUCGUGGAGGACCCAAGAAGUCCGGAAGCAGAGCUGAAUGAAGCAUGGAUGGUAUGUCCUCAGCGGCAGGUUCAUCUCACCACCCUGAUGGAGGACAAGGCCUUUAAAGUGCAGACGUACACCAGGGGCAAGAAACCAGAGACUUUGUUUACAGUCUCAGAGUCACCGUACAAAUUCCAACCAGAAAACCACUGCCAAGUAUUUGGGGAGGAAGAAGAGAAGCAACUGAGGAAGGAAAUCAUCCAAAAGCAAGCCCCAAAGAAGAAGUCAACUUUCAAACUAAGUGACCAAGUGAGUGUGCUGGAGAAGCUGGAUUGGAGUCAGCCUACAAGUAUGCUGACAAAAGGUUCCGGUUUAAGCUCCAGUCCCGUCAGACGAGAUCCCCCUUUCCCCGUAGACGCUGGGACGAUUGACAGGGCUCAGAUUGACUUCAGUGCAGCUCGGCAGCAGUUCCUGAAGCUGGAGCGGGACAAGCGUGAUUUACUUGUCAACCCUUGGAGGUCACGUGUGUCCAGGAAGAUGGAGAAAGAGGACAGAACAUGGUCUGAAUCUGGUGAAGAUAAAACCUCAACUGGGACUGAGCAGAAGUCAAGCGUGAGGGGAAUACUGAAUGACCCACAUUUGUUGGUUGUGGAGGACUUGUCUGUGAAGGUGUGCGGUGGGUCCAUCAGUGACAAAGAUGUGUUUGACAACAGCAGUGUCCAAACAACGAGGAAAGAGAAGUCUGAUGUUCACAAUGAAACCCCGAUUGAGAAAGAGAUCCGCUUAGUUCAAGAACGUGAGGAAAACCUCAGACGCUUACGAGGCCUUAAGCACAGUGAUGGAUUCUCAGAGAUGGUGAAGAUUCACACCAAGCGGGUGCAGUCACCGCUAAUAUCUCACAAGGCCAAAGAGAAGAACCAUGUGAGCUUCAUCAUUCAGCAAGAAAGGCACAAAGAGAAGGUCGAUCAGCAGAGUCCAGAAACACCAAAGGAGCUUUUAGACACAAAGAGACAGUUCCAGGAAGACCUACAGGACCAGGAGGUCUUUUUGUCCCAUUGCUGUCCUCAUAGACACGCUGAAGAAACCUCCUCCUCCUUGUCCAUGAUAUUGCCCCUGUCUCCUCAGCAUGUCCCGUCAUGGACCAGAACUCUUUCUUGGAGAGCCAACCAGGAGUCCACCGGCCUGCAGUGCGGGAAAACCAGUGCCCCAGAUUUCAUCGAGAAGGAGAUCGAAGAGACUUUGCUACGAGAGCAGGAGCUUCAGGAGUCCAGACAGUCUAGAGAGUCCUUGGAGUCCAGACAGUCCAGGGAAUCUAGAGAGUCCAGCGACUCCAGACUGUCCAGAGAGUCUAGAGCGUUUGGAGAGUCCAGAGGGUUCAGGGAGUCCAGCCUCCUCUCUCCAGCUCCUUUCGUGGAACAGGCAUCGAAGAUGGCCGUCAAGCAGUUGGACUCCACAGAAAACGCAGGCCUGACGGGGACGCUGCCGAGGGACUUUGAGGAGCGACAGAGGAUGGACGACACCCCCUACGCCGGAAUCCAGCCCAUCGAUGACAUCAACAACCAGGUUGUGGAAUCAACUCGAGUUAUUCGACAUAAAAACCAACGCGCACUCCGCUGGGAGGCAGGUGUCUUUGCCAACCAGCUGGACCAGAUGGAACAGAUCGGCCACCGCAUCCAGAUCCAGAACCAGACCUAGACCACCUAGAUCAAGUACUGCAUUGUGGUGAAAUGUAGGAUGCACGAGGAGUGGCCUCAUCAAGGGCCACGACAGGCUUUGUGCGGAGGAGGCAUGGCUGUCUCCAGGCCAUUAUUUGAUGAUGAGGAUGAAGAUGGCAGUGAUGACAAUGAUAAUGAAGAAGUUCAACAUGAAUGCUGAUCCGUUCAUUCUAUUCUAAAACGCACGUAUGCUCCUGCUCUCUGUUUCAUGCUGCUUGGCCUGCCGGAAAUAAAGCGAGUGUGUGCGUGCAUGUGUGUGCGCGCGCACGCACACGUGCAUUGAAGCUACUAAUGUCCAUCAACAUUUGCAUGAAUACUACAUGACGAGUCUCAAACGCAAGGCAGCGUCUCUGCUUUAGACAUGCGACACUUCAAAAUUGAAUUGUAUGUAUGAAAUGUUUUGAAUAUUUGCUGUGACAAGGCAACUACGAAAAGAAUCAAUUCAACUGUAAAGACAUUUUAUUUGUCAUGCAGCCUUUGUUUACAUUCAAAGUUUUUGACAUUGAAAGUUUGUUAGUAGCACAUCUGCCUCCCAGCUCAGCGCUUGAGGUUUCUGUUCUGCGCUUAGGCCUUCCGGUGUCUAGUUAGCGUGUUUUGAGCAUAUUCUUCACCAACUCAAGUGGCUUUUUCCUCACGCAUUCCAAAAACUGCCAUGUUGGGUUCAUCGAAGAAUAAAUUGUCCACAGGUGUGACUUCUUGGGC